AGCGAAAUAGGCAUUAUGCGUAUGUACAUAAAAAUACCAUACGCUUAUUUAUCGUACGUUAGAUAUACAUGGAAAAGCUCAUUGUAUUUUCAUUCGACCAACACACUUUUCCCGCACGACUGUCCAGUGGUAUGCACAGAAAUGGACUCCAAUAAAAUUCGUGCCAGUCACUCGGGGCUAGAUCCAGCCAUCCAAAUUAAAGCCGAACCAGGCACCUCUGCAGCGACGUCAACUCCUUCUACGAGCAUCAAAACAGAAGGUGGCUUUCCACCAACAACAACCAGGCUGACUUCAUUUCGAGCGCCAAGAGAUUUAACUCUGAGUGGACAUGUGAAACUGGAAAAACCCAAAAAGCUCUAUACUCCAAACUUGAAUGUUCAACGAAAUAAAAGCAAGGAUGAACGUGCUCCAGUUAAAAACAAUUCAAAGAAUUCAAAAGAAAGAGGUCGUGGAAGAGGGCAAGGUCUCAGAGGUCGAGGCAGAGGAAGAAGUGCAGAUAAUAUCAUCCAGACCGCUGGUGUUUUUUCUGGUGGCAUAGCUGAUUCAUCUAGAACUGGUAGAAGAUACAGUAAUGUGAGGGAUAAUAGCGGUCAGGGUAGCAGCAAGAGUGCCGUCUCAGUAUUGGAAAAACAAAAAUUGAAUUUAAAUCACAACAUUGACAAGGCAGAAGAAGAAGAAAAGUUAAAACGCUUACUCAGAGAUGAUUUUAUCGAAAAUGGGGCUGUACCAGACAUGGAAAAUGCUCCUAUCAUGUUGCCUAUGGCAGAUGAAGCAAGAUUGUACAAAGAGGAAGUAAAGGAAGAACUCGCAGCAGAAUCAGACAAUUUAGAGGAAGAUGUAAAACCUGUUAUUCUAGAGAAUGGAAAAGAUGGUAAAGUAAAAGUGCUACCACCUUGCACAAAAAAACUAGCAAAGGAUGACAAGAAACUCAUCACCAUUCCACAAAUAAUCGCGAAUGAAACAAACGAUUAUAUAUUAAUACAGUUCCCCGAUUGUUUACCUGGGCUUCGAACUGAUGAUGAAUUGAGCGAUCCCAAAGCGAAGAAGGCCACUGAUUCUAGUACAGAAAAUUCUAAUGAAAAUAGUAUCAAGACUGAACACUGUAAACUGAGCAACUUAAAAGAAGGGAUUUUAGGAAAAUUACAAAUACUAAAAUCUGGGCAGGCAAGACUUGUUCUAGGCGAAAAUAAACUAAUAAUGGAUGUUGGUUCUCAUAUUAGUUUUAGACAAGAUUUAAUUGCAGCCAAAUUGGACUUGGAAAAUUUGACUGGUGACCUCAUAAAUCUUGGCAGAGUCAGCAGUACUUUCAUUUGCUUGCCAGAUUGGGAAUCGAUGUUAGCAAACCUUGAAACAUGAUUUCAAAAGUCUGUACAUUGAGACAAGUUAUUUCAAAUAAUAUCGAUUUCAUGUGAGCUAAGUUAAGAGGAUGAACAUCGCGGCGAGCAUGGCUAUUGCUCGGUGUUUUGUAAGAAAAAGUAACUAUAUGAACAAGUAAUAAAAGUAAAACUAAUAUUAUCAA